UGUCAUUCGAGUGCUACAUCGUGCGUUGGCCGAAGCAGUUGCUCUUGUGUUCAAGUACAACGCAGAUGGUACACCAAAAACAAAAAACAAAACAAAGCUAAAGUGUAUAACAAAAACAUUGCAGUACAACAAUGAAAUCACGUAAAAAUACCGCGAAACUAACUCAAACUGUAAAAAACGAAUGCCAAGCCGAUUUUUCGUUGCCACUCGUCUGUACAAUAUACGUAAUAUAAGGUCUGCAAAUUCAAGUUCGUUAAAGGUUUUACUGCACUCCAACGCACGCCAGUGUGUCUGUUUCGUUUAAUGCAAAGCAUAAGCGGGUUCUCAUAGUUGUUGGUGUUGUUAUCUCGGCGCGCCAUUCAACUGUUGUGAAUGAUGUCGUGCGCGUUGACUUUCGGUCUUUUCAACAUCACUGCUGCUGCCUCGGUUGAAUGGGGGAAAACAGUGUAUUCUUGGCGUAUAUAGUAAACAAAAAACGGCGAUAAGUGCUUAAUCGCUUCUUAAUCGAGCGCGAGUGCGUACGCAUAAGUAAGUUCGGUGGAGUUCCGUUGUAGCGACAAAUAUUUAUUUAGUAGCAAUUUCGCGUUCGUAAUCACAUUGAAUUUACUUCCAAGAAGAACGUAUACAAAAAAAGGACGUAUGCAUGCCAGUACCAUCUACACAUUUUAAGCCGGAUAAUUGCACAGAUAUCAAACAAGUAGAAAGAAUCCAAUUAGCCCAAAAAUAACAACCGUUCAGAUUAUAGAAUUCCGUUAAUUUUACAAAGGCAUGCAAAAGCACAAAAGUAUUAGGAUGAAAGGCAAAAGAAAACAAAGGCAAUCAGCCAAAGCAAACACUGUCUAAGGAUGGAAUUGGACUCCUGCACGCAUACAUACAUGCCUACGUGUGUGUAUACAUAUAUUAAAUUAUUCAUGCAUUAGCCCCCAUUACAUAACACGUUUAAGGUUUUUGGAGUUGCUAAAGUAUAUACGCUUCAAUAAAAGCAAAUUUAUUCUCGCAGCUCUUUUCUGCUGAGACAACAUUCUCAGAGCAACACAGUCGGCAGCAGGCAUCCACCCGCAAUGCUCAGAAGUACCAUCAACUCGUCCGUUGCGAAGUCUUUAAAAGUAAUUUUUCCCACAAUGAAUACUACUUCACCCAAAUCAUCCCUCGCCAAAUUGGGUAUACACACCACCAAGCAUAAAUCACUAAAAGUUAUGGUGUUGGGGCAGAGCGGUGUUGGAAAAUCAGCUAUGGUUGUUAGAUUUAUUACUAGACGGUUUAUUGGUGAAUAUGAUCCUAAUCUAGAGAAGGUUUAUACUCACAACACCACAUUUGACAAUGAGCUCAUACAGUUUGAUAUACUGGACGCGGCUGGACAACCCAAUAAAGAAGAUUGCGUCAGUUUGGACUCAAACAUACGUUGGGCGGACGCUUUCAUACUAAUGUACUCGGUAACCGAUAAAUGUAGUUUUGAUGAGUGUAAUCGACUGAAAUUUUUGAUCAACUAUAAUAAAAGGCGACGUAAACUUGGUUCAAAUAGUAAGGACUCUCUCUCGGAUGUGCCGGUCAUUUUGGUGGGCAACAAAACAGAUCAAACGGGCGAUCGCAUGGUGAGCAUUGAAGAAGGUCAACGACGUUUUCGUGAUCUAACAUGUGUCUGCUUUCAUGAGAUCUCUGUUCGAGAGAGUGUUGAUCAAGUUCAGGCAGUGUUUCGCGAUGUAUUUCGCUUUUGGCGUGUCUUCAGCAAGUUUCCCAAACUGAAACGUUCCACCAGCGACGUACAAAAUGCUUCCGAUUCAGCGCUGAGCCCCGAUUCGGGUUGCUCCUUCUACGAUCCGUCAUCGUAUAACAGUGAAACACGUAGAUCCUUUUUCAUAAAUGCCAAUACCUGCCUGGAGGAGACCGACCACACAGAAUCCACCGAUGAACUCGGUUCCGGUAGCCUCUGCAGCUCUCGUUGCGAAAUGGAUACACCAUUUCGCAGUAGAGCUUCCACAGAUGGCACAUUAUUGUCGCGUCCACGUCGCUGGCGUUAUCCACCACCUGGUUGUCUAAUGCCACACACCAAUCGUGUCGAACGUCGCAUGAGCAUCUCAACUCGUGGCAGCAACGCCAGCUAUUGACUACUAAUGCAUCACUGAGAAGCGCUCGGCUUCAAUAGUAAGUGGUUGUUGCUGUGACAAGUUUUAAUUAUGUACAUAAUUACAAGGCUUUGCUCAUUGUACAAAAACAAUUGUAAUUAUUUUUGAGUAUGUAAUAAAAAAGAUUCAAUAUGCUAAAUGGGGGCGCGUUGCACGCUUAUUGAUAGA